CGCUCCGAGUAGCUCCGAGCAUCAUACUCCCUGAAAACCAGCUCAUACAAACUAUUCAGGGCCGAGUUCAGAAAUAACGCACAGGGUGCGAGUGCGAUUUUAUGGGUGUGCCUGAAUUGACAAUUGGCCAUUGGGCCUAUAGUACCGUCUAGCAUUUUUGAACAGCUUGGGCGUCGCACCGGUGUCACACUCACACUGGGUGUGUCAUUUCUGAACUCGCCCCUGAAAACUAUUACAUUACUUGUCAGUCUUGUUUGUCAUUCAUGAUUCAUACUUGUCAAUCGUUGUCAGUUGUUGGUUGUUCGAUUGUUGACAAUUGAGCUGUUUGUGUUUAUUUUGUUUUUUUUUUGAUAGUUUGAUUAGUUAGUUUUGAAGAAACGUUUGCAAGUUAACCAUCACCAUCAGUAAACAAUAAAACAAUUUCGUUUUUUACCUUGUUAAAUGGUAUGGAAAAUAAUAUGGAUUUAUAUCUGGCCCUUGCUUGUCAGUGGUGUUUCAAGUGACUCCCUAUAGUACUAGUACCCAUAAGUAGAAAAACGAAAACCCACUGAACCAAGUCAAUUCAAUAGAGAUGGGAAAAAAAAUUCUGAAACUCAGAAGAAAAAGUUUGGUGAGUUAUGCUGAAGAUUCGUCCAGCUCUGAUACCGAACAAGAAAGAAAAGCAAGUCCACCUAAAAAGAAACUACUAAAAAUAAAACAGAGAAACAGCCGAAGAUGGAGUGCUCCAGAAAAAAAAAUGGUUUUAAGAAAUAGGAAUGAAAGAGAUGAAUUAUGGCUACCUCAAAGUGCGGCAAUUGACAAUGAUGAAAAAUCCUACUUCAAUACACAAUCAGACAGCAAUAGGGAAACCCGAGAAGUACCAAGAAAACGCUGCUAUAUUCAGCCUCCUGAGAGUGAGAGUGAUAGCAGCCGGCAUACAAAAUCAGACAGCAAUUCUGGUGCAAGUAGAUCAGUCUCCGUAAGUGGCACAGAAGAAGUACGGAGAAAACGCGGGAGACCGACAAAAAGCGAUGGCGGCCAUACAAAAUCAGACAGCAAUUCUGGUGCAUGUAGAUCAGUCUCCGUAAGUGGCACAGAAGAAGUACGGAGAAAACGCGGGAGACCGACAAAAAGCGAUGGCGGCCAUACAAAAUCAGACAGCAAUUCUGGUGCAUGUAGAUCAGUCUCCGUAAGUGACACAGAAGAAGUACGGAGAAAAUUCGGGAGACCGACAAAAAGCGAACAGGAAAAAUUUGCGAAAAGCAACAAGUCUAGACAAGAGCCUACACGCUUCUCCGCUCGCAGGGCUUUAGUGGGCCUACUGAAAACGAAAAAUGGAAGGUCCUUGCGGAAAAGUUUCGAGGCCUGGUUACCAACCUUACCAACACAGACCAAAAAAUACCUAAAAGGCACUACUGGAAAUUGCGUGACUCUUCCCACAAAUAGCAUCAAUAAUUCGAAGUUUGUCAAUCCAAAAUCGGAAAGAAAUAUAGUUAAUGGACAUCUAAACAAAUCGACAACAUAUGCUGACAACUGCUCCAGUUUGGAUUCGGAACAGGGUGGGAGAGAAAGCCCACCCCAUAAAAGACACAUGCCAAAUAUGAAAAAAGAAGCACCUAAAGAGAAGAUGAAAAGUGAUAAAUUGCCUUAUCGAAGUAAGAGCUGUAGUGACAGCAAUAGGAAAUCAGACAGCAAUUCAAGUAAUGAAUGUGGCACCAGAGAAGAAUCAAGAAAAACUGAGACAGGAAAGGAUCCAGUUACCAACCAUGCGAAAACGCAGUCUAAAAUACCUUGGCAAAAGCCAACGCGGUUCUCCACACGCCUGGGCCAACCGAAAAGUACCAGCGACAUAUCUCUGAAGGACUUUUUAGAAAACUACAUGAGAGAAGAUGUAGAAAUCACUACUGAAAAUUCAGAUGCGCCUUGUCCACUAAAUCCAAAGAAAUCAGCAAAGUGUGCUGACAAUUUGCCCAUAAAUUCUGCUCCAGAACAGGAUGUAAGGAAAAGUCCACCUAAAAUGAAAGAACUGAGAGUGAAUCUGAAAAGAUGCUGGGAAGCGGAUUUUCAAGCAAAUAAAAUAGCCAAUGAGAAGAAGAUGAAAAGUGUUAAACUGCCUCCUCAGAGUGAGAGUGGUAGUGACAGCCAUACAAAAUCGGACAGCAAUUUUGGUGCAAUUAUAAAAAUCUCCAGAGGUGAAACAGGAGAGAAACUGGAAAACGAACCAAAAAAACCUAAGAAAGAGCAAGCGCCUAGGCUAGAGCCCACGCGCUUCUCCACUCGGAAGUCUCUAGUUGGCCAAUUGGAAACGACAGACUUUUUGCAUGGAAGACCUUGUUCUGAGGUCUCUAAUCAACACAAAGGAAAUAACAUUGCUGAGUCGUUCGAAUGUGCAUCACCUCCGAACAAAUCAGCAAAGUAUGCUGAGGAUUCUUCCAGUAGUUCUGAUCCGGAACAGGAUGGAAGGAAAAGCCCAGGCAAUAAGGUAAUAAGAAAUAGGAAAAAACCAUGGAGUACUUAUGGACGGAGAGUGGCUCGGAAAAUAGCCUUAGCCCAGAGAGCAGCCGAGGCGAAGAAAAGUCUUGAAUUGCGUCAUCAAACUGCGAGUCGUAGCGAAUGUCGAACAACGUCAGACAACAGUUCUAGUAGCAGUGGCACUGAAGAAGAUACAAGAAAAAGUGGGAGACUGAAGAGCCAUACAAAAUCAGACUGCAAUUCUGGUGCAAGUAGAUCAGACUCCGUAAGUGGCACAGAAGAAGUACGGAGAAAACGCGGGAGACCGAAAAAAAGCAACAAGUUUGUAGAACCGGAAAAACCUAGACAAGACACACGCUUCUUCGGUCGCAAGUCUUCAAUUAGCCAACUGAACAAGACAGGCAAAAGCGUUUUGCAUGAUGAACAUUGUUUGAAGCCUUCUCAAAGUAAGAGUUGUAGUGACCACACCAAAGAAAUGGACAGCACAAAAGGCAGCGAAUCUACUGCAAGUACAAAAGUCCCGGGUAGGGGAACCACAAAAGAAUCAAGAAAAUGCAGCCAAACAUCAAACGGUCUUAGGAACGGCAAGGACAAUAUGCCAUGUGAAUAUGAAAAAAAGUCCUCAGACGUUCCUUUGAGCCAACCUCCUGUGAGCCAGUUGGAACACACAAAUGGACCUUGUCUCCAGAUACAGAAAAACAACAAGGCCGCAGAGCUGUGCGUUAAGGUUCCUGUAGAGCGCCUCCGAGCUCGUUUGCGUAUACCUCCAGCGGACCAGGUGAUAAACAACUCUUUGAAAAAUGGGCCUCGUCUUGAGAUACAGAUCCAAAAACAUGAUAAAUGCGAAGAGCUAUGCGCCAAAAGAUCUGGAAAACAGCCCCCACAAGCUCUUUCGGACCAGCAUCCAGUAGAAAAGUUGAAAAACAAGGGCGAGAGCUCUUUGCCAAUCCAACCUGGUCUUGAGAUCCUACAAAAUGUAAGCAUUGAAGAGCUUUGUACUAAGAAACCAGAAAAAGAGACCCCAAGCGUUCCUUUGGAUCAACCUCUAGUGUACCAGUUGAAAAGCAAUGGCACAAUCGUUUUGCGAAACAGACCUUGUCUUGAGUCUUCUGAACGUCAGAGUUUUAGUGGUCGCGCCAAAAAACCGGACAGCGCAAAAGUCAGCAAAUCUACUUCAAUUAUUGCUAUCCAUGUCCCUAGUAGUGAAAGUGCAAUAGAAUCAAGGAAAUGCGACCAGAGACCGAAUAGUUUAAAGAACGGAAAGGUCGAAAUGCCAUGUACUAACAAAAAUGAAACCGAACCCAAAAAACCGGACAGCGCAAAAGUCAACAAAUCUACUUCAAGUGCAAAAGUCCCUAGUAGUGAAACCGAAAUAGAAUCAAGAAAAUGCAACCAAAGAUUGAAUAGUUUAAAGAACAGAAAGACCGAAAUGUCAUGUGCUAACAAACCUGAAACAGAACCAAAAAAACCGGACAGCGCAAAAGUCAGCAAAUCUACUCCAAGUGCAAGAGUUUCUAGUAGUGAAACCGAAAUAGAAUCAAGAAAAUGCGAUCAAAGAUCGAACAGUCUAAAGAACGGAAAGGCCGAAAUGCCAUGUGCUGACAAAUCUGAAAAAGAUUCCAAAAAACCGGACAGCACAAAAGUCAGCAAAUCUAUUGCAAGUGCAAAGGUCCCUACUAGUGAAACCGCAAAAGAAUCAGAAAAAUGCGACCAAAGAUUGAGCAGUUUAAAAAACGGAGAGGCCGAAAUGCCAUGUGCUAAUAAACCUGAAACAGAACCAAAAAAACCCGACAGUGCAAAAGUCAGCAAAUCUACUUCAAGUGCAAAACUCCCUAGUAGUGAAACGGCAAUAGAAUCAAAAAAAUCCUACCAAAGAUCGAGCAGUUUGAAAAACGGAAAGGCCGAGAUGCCAUGUGCUAACAAACCUGAAACAGAACCGAAAAAACCGGACAGCGCAAAAGUCAGCAAAUCUACUUCAAGUGCAAAAGUCCCUAGUAGUGAAACCGCAAUAGAAUCCAGAAAAUGCGCUCAAAGAUCGAACAGUUUAAAAAACGGAAAGGCCGACAUGCCAUGUGCUAAUAAACCUGAAACAGGACCGAAAAAAGCGGACAGCGCAAAAGUCAGCAUAUCUACUUCAAGUGCAAAAGUCCCUAGUAGUGAAACCACAAUAGAAUCAAGAAAAUGCGCUCAAAGAUCAAAAAGUUUAAAAAACGAAAAGGCCGAAAUGCAAUGUGCUAACAAACCAGAAACAAAAACCAAAAAACCGGACAGCGCAAAAGUCAGCAGAUCUACUUUAAGUGCAAAAGUCCCUAGUAGUGAAACCGCAAUAGAAUCAAGAAAAUGCGACCAAAGAUCGAACAGUUUAAAAAACGGAAAAGUUGAAAAACCGUGUGCUAGCAAACCUGAAAAAGAGCCUACAGACCUUCCUUUGAACCGACCUCCAGAGGGUCAAUUGGAACACAGGAGCGAGACCGUUUCGAAAACUGGACCUUGUCUUGAGCCUUUUCAGAGUUGUAGUGAUUGCACCAAAAAAACAGACAGCGCAAAAGUCAGCAAAUUUACUGCAAGUGCAAAAUUCCUAAGUAGUGACAUCACAACAAAAUCAAGAAAAUGCUACCAAAGAUCGAACAGUUUAAAAAAAGUGACAUGUGCUAACAAAUCUGAAAAAGAGCCCACAGGCCUUCCUUUGAGCCAAUUGGAACACAGGGGCGAAACCUCUUCGAAAACUGGACCUUGUCUUGAGUCUUUUCAGAGUUGUAGUGAUAGCACCAAAAAAACGGACAGCGCAAAAGUCAGCAAAUUUACUGCAAGUGCAAAAGUUCCUAGUAGUGAAACCGCAAUAGAAUCAGGAAAAUGCGACCAAAGAUCGAACAACAGCACAAAAGUCAGCAAAUCUAUGACAACUGGAAAAGUCCCUAGUAGUGAAACCACAAUAGAAUCAAGAAAAUGCUACCAAAGAUCGAACAGUUUAAAAAAAGUGACAUGUGCUAACAAAUCUGAAAAAGAGCCCACAGGCCUUCCUUUGAGCCAAUUGGAACACAGGGGCGAAACCUCUUCGAAAACUGGACCUUGUCUUGAGUCUUUUCAGAGUUGUAGUGAUAGCACCAAAAAAACGGACAGCGCAAAAGUCAGCAAAUUUACUGCAAGUGCAAAAGUUCCUAGUAGUGAAACCGCAAUAGAAUCAGGAAAAUGCGACCAAAGAUCGAACAACAGCACAAAAGUCAGCAAAUCUAUGACAACUGGAAAAGUCCCUAGUAGUGAAACCACAAUAGAAUCAAGAAAAUGCAACCAAAGAUCGAACAGUUUAAAAAAUGGAAAAGUCGAAAAACCAUGUGCUAGCAAACCUGAAAAAGAGCCUACAGACCUUCCUUUGAGCCAACCUUCAGUGGGUCAAUUGGAACACAGGGAGGAGACCGUUUCAAAAACUGAACCUUGUCUUGAGAAACAGGUUCUAAAAACCUACAGAGGCAAAAAGCCCGCUCAAGGUUCCCUGGGGCAACCUCCAGCAGACCAGUUGAGAAACAAAAGCUCUUCGCAAAUUCGACCUGGUCUUGAGAUUCUACAAAAAGUCAGGAGUGGAGAGUUGAACGCUGAUAAACCUGAAAAACAGCCUCCUCAAGGUCCUCCAGCUCCUUUGGACGCACCUCCAAUAGACAAGUUGAAAAACAGAAGCGAGAUUCUACAAAACGUCAGGAGUGAAGAUUUAAACGCUAAUAAACCUGAGAGAAAACCCCCUCAAGCUUCUUGGCGCCAACUUUUACUAGACAAGCUGAAAAACAAGCGCAAGAACGUUCUGCAAAUUCCACCUGAUCCUGAGACUCUACAAAACGUCAGGAGUGAAGAGUUAAACGCGAAUAAACCUGAAAAACAGCCACCUCAAGCUUCUUUGUGCCAACAUCCAGUAGACAAGUUGCAAAACAAGGGACCUUGUCUUGAGAUUCUAGAAAACAACAGGAACAAACCUGACAAAGAGCUCCCAGAAGCUUCUUCAAGCCAUCCUUCAGUGUGCCAGUUAGAAUACAAUAGUGAGAGCUUCCUACAAAAUGUUCCUUGCCUUGAGUUACCUCCAGAAAUAGGAAAAUGCCGAGAGUGCGGAUGGACGCCAAGUACGACAAACGUUUAUUGUCGUUUCAUCGAGUUUAGGAAACUGAGGUAUACAAAAACCGGAAAAAUACUUGCAGCUGGUUUUAGCUCUACUGAAACAGACGCUUUGGACAUCAAUUAUAAAUUAUGGCUACCAGAUACGUUAAAACCUCCACCUGAUAUAGACUUGGAAACUGCGUUGUUUUUAUUGAUGCGAGUUGGCGAUCAUUUUUGUAAUCUUUUAAAGGAGGAAGAAGAGGCACGUAAACUGCACAUAUCUGAUAAUGAAAUAGUAGCCUGGAAAAGAGUUGUGCCCGGCGUAAGGGAAAUGUGUGAUGCUUGUGAAACCACGUUAUUCAAUUAUCAUUGGACAUGCAGGAAAUGUGGCUUUGUGGUGUGUCUAGAUUGUUACAAAAAUUGUGCAAGUGAUUUAUAUAGACGCUCAAGUGCUUUAGUAUUGAAACGUGAGGAGAAAUCGUGGUUGAGAUGCACAACUCGUGGCUUGCACAGGUCAGAACAACUUAUGCCUACCCAAAUAAUUGCAGAUGAUUGUUUACUCAAACUAGGAAAAAUGGUCCAUGAAAUGAGAGAUUUGUGGUCAAUUAAGAAGUUUUGUGGAUGUCUCGACUCGAAAGAAUCUAUAGUCAAUAAUACAGAAUGCAGAAAAGCUGUAGAAAAUAUAAUGGCUAAAAACCUGAAAGAGAAACAAACUUCUUUAGAUGUUCAUGCCAAUGUUACUUUUGAAAAUAAUUUGAAAGAAAGUUACAGUGGUAGAUAUGAUUCCAGUAGUGAAGAGGAGGAGGAUCCUUUAAUUCUGAAAAAACAACUUUUCCAACCAAUGGCAUCCACAUCAUCUGAAAAGGAGAAACAUGAAGAAAGCAUCCAAAAUGGAAACAAUGCACUGGAAUUUAUCAGAAGGUAUAAUUGGCAAACCGAGGGGCAACGGAAGGUUCCGAUUAGGAUAAUGACUGAAACAGUCAGUACAGUAUUGUAUCCCGAUAUACCACAUUCUUGGCUGUGUUGUGGGAAAGUAUUGAGGUUAACUGAUCCAGUUUGUAAGGAUAACUUGGAAAUUUUUCAGGAACAAUGGAAACGAGGUCAACCUGUGAUAGUAUCCGAUGUUUCAAAGCUACUAGAUCAAAACUUAUGGAACCCGGCAGCUUUCGCUCGUGAUUUUGGCGACGAAAAGAACCACCUUAUAAAUUGCGUUUCUGGAAGUAUGGUUCCGAAUCAACCAAUGCACAAAUUCUGGGACGGUUUCGUAGACCCCUCAAAAAGAUUGAAAGACUUUGAAGGACUGCCAAUGCUACUGAAACUGAAAGACUGGCCUCCGGGCGAGGACUUUGCGGAAAUGUUACCUACAAGAUUUCAAGACUUGAUGCAAGCACUGCCACUGCAAGAUUAUACCAAACGUAGCGGGAAACUUAAUUUAGCUGCUCGAUUGCCUGAGUGUUUCGUGAGGCCAGAUUUGGGGCCUAAAAUGUACAAUGCCUAUGGUAAACCAUUGCCUGCAGAUAAAGCAACUACGAAUUUACAUUUGGACGUCAGCGAUGCCGUCAAUGUUAUGGUUUACGUAGAAGUUUCACAAGACGGCGAUUCUAAUAAACAUUUUGAAGAAACCCUUGCAGCUAUUGAUGAAGCUGGAUGUGAUUUUUUAACUAGGCGACGGGUGUGCGAUAAAGGUGAACUGCCUGGUGCCUUGUGGCACAUUUUUCAGGCUCGCGAUGCCGAUAAAAUUAGAGACUUACUCAAUAGAGUUACUGUUGAACUGGGUGGACGGUUAGAGCCGCACACCGACCCUAUUCACGAUCAAAGCGGUUACUUAGAUGGUCCUCUACGUUAUAGACUGUAUAAAGAAUAUGGAGUUCAAGGUUAUGCCAUUUUACAGUGCCAGGGGGAUGCUGUUUUUAUUCCAGCGGGGGCUCCUCAUCAAGUGCGUAACUUAAACAAUUGUAUUAAAGUAGCUGAGGAUUUUGUCAGUCCAGAAAAUGUGGUCCACUGUUCCCACUUGACGCAAGAGUUCCGUGCACUCAGCAACAACCAUUCUAACCACGAGGAUAAAUUGCAAAUUAAAAAUAUUAUUUAUCAUACCGUUAAAGAUGCUGUAUGCGCUUUGGGCUCGUUGGUGAAUAAAGAGUUAGGGCGUCCCGUUAUUGACGUUAAUAAUCUAGACAUUUCGACUGAUGAUAAUUCUGCGCCCCCUAUAUGAAUAAUUAGUAUUUUUUUGUUUGGUUUUGGCAACAUUUUUUUGGAGAUUUUGAGGCGGAAAUUAAUUGAUGAAAAGAUAGUGGAGUUUUUAAUUUAAUUUAAUUCAAUUUAUAUUCGAAACUUUUUCAUCAGAACUGUCUACCGCCCAUUAUCACUUGUCAAUAACCAAAUUCUGGGCUGUGACUUUAAAAUUGGGGAAUUACUGUAAUUUCUUCCUCAUUCGUACCUGUUUGUACAGUUGUACAUAGGAUAAAUAGAACUUUGUACACAAACCAGCCUUGAAGUUCCUGUCGAAGAUUUUUUUGUGUACACUAAUAAUUUAUAUUUAACCUGUCCGAUUGACUUUUCCUGUGAGCAUUUUACAACCCUAUUAAACAAUCUUGUUUUUGGUACAAGAAUUUUUGUAUUCAAUGUUUUACCUAAUUUAUUUUUUAAGCAACAAUGUUUUCUUUUGUACAAAAAUUUCUAUAUUCAAUUUUAUUGUUUUGAUUCAUUUUCCAAGAUUGUUUAAUAGUAUCUAGGUGAAAUAUUGGAAUGCAAUAAACCAGUGGCGGAUUUAGCGGAUUUAACGAAAACACAAACAUAUUCAUCAAGCAUUAUCCAACAUGAAAUUCCAUAUGGUUUUUGCUAUUUUUCCAAAUUUUUAAUACUUUUAAAUACGUUUGGCAGCAGCGAGCUGGGAGCGAAUCGACUGCGGAUGACGUAAAUCCGCACCAACUUUGAAUUUAAUCUAUAAUUGAAAAUUUCAAUUAAAUUUAAUCUCCGAUUAAAUUAAAUGUUGAUGUCAAAUGAUAGUUUAUGAAAAUCUAAGAUAGGAAUGUGAAAUCGGUUUUCCUCUGAAAUUAACCGUUCAGGUUUUACAGCCUGUAAAUUUGCAAAAAGUCAAUGUUCAACUGUCAAUAUUUCCAAAACAGUUGAACUUAGGUACAGGGUAUAUCACAUGAAAUCUGCUCAGAAUUUUACGUAGAAUCCAAAUAUGCAAUCACAUACAGGGUGUUUUAUUUGAAAAAAAGAAAGUUGGUCUAGAUAGCAAACAAACCAGAAGUGACACAGGCAAUACGUUUAAGUAGAAUUGUGGGAAAUAUUAGGGACAUAAAGCUACUUGAAAUAAUUCAUCGGUAUCGGUAGCCGUAACGCAACUAGAUACGUUGACAAGCGAAAAGGCUGUUAAAGCGCUCCCUGUUCCGGUAAACGUAAACGCAUUUCAUAACCUAGACAUUUUUGUCUCAAAACUUCGACGUUUUUAUAUCUAACCUUAAAAUUGUUAUUUUUUUUGCGAUAGAGAAGCACUAAACACACAAGAAACUCAAGAAAGUAUAAACUAAACAAAUUAAAUCAACCCGGAAGAAAAGGGAGGUUAUAUUCAUUUGAAAUUUGACACAUGCGUCAGAAAUGUCAAGAUACGUUACCGAUACGGAUACCGCGAGAGGGCCGUAACGUUACGUUGUGUUGUACGUACGGUAUCUCGGCCUGCGUAUCGCUUCUGCACAUGCGCAGUACGAUACCGAUACGGAUACCGAGCAAAAAAUACGGAAGCUUUAUGUCCCUUAUUUACUGAGCAACUUUCAUUAAGGUCACUUUUUCGUAUACGAGGUAAUUAGAAAGUUACAGGUAUUAUACGCGACUUUUUUGCCACUCUGUAUAUUUAAGUCGUUUUUUUAUUAUUUCUUAUCUGAGCCUGAGGCCCUGAUGGAUCACCCCCCCUAGAAGGAAUCCUAAAUCCGCCGCUGCAAUAAACUAGUGUAUAUUUAAGAUUUGGUAAUAUCUUUAAUACUGUGCCUGUUCGAAAAAAUAUAAUGUAUAGUUUUAGUCAAGCGUGAUAUUUUUAAGUGUAUUUAAUUUUUUUGUAUCCAACCCUGUCAUGUGAUGACGCUAUAAUAAUAAUUUUGAUUUUUGAUGAAUAAAUUGGCCUAG